UUUUCUCUAAAUGUGUGGUUCAGUGUAAUCAGCUGUUUGGUUGCUUAUCGGUGCAAGUUUUAUCGAUAAUUGUGGUAGCUCCAUUUGAUUUGGCAGUUCAAUUUUUAAACAUUUAUUAACGAAAAUGUCGCAACCAUCUAGUGAAUUGCAUUGCCGAGUUUGCCUUAAACAGGAUGAACUCCUGGUGGACAUCUAUGAGACCGUGGAGGAGAUGCAAGUGGACCUGUGCACCUUGUUGGAAACGUGUGGCGGCAUAAAGGUAGACCGCAGAGAUGUGCAGCCAAUGUAUUUAUGCCAGGAGUGCACCAACGAGCUUCUCAUCGCCGCCAAGUUUCGCAAAAAGUGCGCGGACGCCGAGAAGUUACGCGAUAGGGCUCCCGAGAUAAGAAUGGACACAUCAGAACUCCUGGCUUCAGAGGAAAUAAUUAUUAUUGAUCCCAGCGAUUAUAUUGGACAGCCCUCCGCCGUGGAGGAUCCCGAAAAGGAACCUAUUGAAGUCUCACGCUGGAACUGCCAGCACUGUGGCGCUGUUUUCCAGCAAUCGGAAGUACUGCGUCGGCACAUCCAAAAAGUCCAUGCUUCAGUAACUAUUAUUGACUGUGAAGAGUGUAGGAGAUUCUUUACGAAACUGGGUAGCUACCAGGGCCACAGUUGCUCCCAUUCCAAGGCCCCUAAAGGUGAGCACGAGUGCCUGGAAUGUGGUAAGUGCCUGCAAUCCGCCUCUAGUCUGGCAAGCCACAUUCGUUUGCACAGCGACGAAAGGCCCUUUACUUGUGACCAGUGCCCCAAGACCUUCAGGACAAAUGGAGCAGUGGAAGCUCAUCAGAGGCGCCACAAGCAGGUUAUGCAGCACAAGUGCCCACACUGCGGACGCGGAUUUGUGGAAUCUAGCAACCUGCGACGCCAUAUAGUUGCCAGGCACACAGAGGAACGUCCGCAUCUGUGCAACUUCUGUCAGCGCAGUUUCUCCAGGGUCUAUAUGCUGGAGCUCCAUCUCCGUACACACACUGGCGAAAGACCCUAUGCCUGCAAGCAUUGUGACAAACGUUUUGCCCAGCUGGGUGUCCUCAGGAGUCACGAGCGGAUCCAUACCGGCGAACGCCUGCACCGCUGUCAAGUGUGCGAAAAGACUUUUACACGAGCGGGACAGCUCCGAAAGCACGAGAUGCGUCACGAAACCGGACAGUGAUGAGCUUUACCGCUCCGAUUUUGGCCAAAGCAAAUCAGCGAGGUAAUAGAUAUCUAUGCCAAGGCUUGUGGACGGGCCGAGUCUUGGGCACCAGACACACCGAUUUAUAACGCUCAUCUUACGGGGGAUAAGCAUCAGGACACCGUCCGCUACAGUUGGCCUCUGUGACUGGAGACUGUUAUUUGCGAAAAAGGAGCUUUGCAUUGUCUUCCUGCUUAAAUGGAACUAUGGCCAGCAACACAGUAGCGCAAUAAUUGGACAGCCUGUUAUUUGACAUCUGAAAACCCAUGAUUCCAUUGUCAUUGUUCUUUCAAAUUGUAUCAUUAUAAAGACU